AUGCAGCACCCUCAUUUGGUACCUCCUUCCACAGGUCAACCCUUACCCGGCGCCUCGUACGCGCUUCCACCGCAAUACAUAGCAGCACCCCAAAGCUACCCGUACCGAAUCGGUCAGCCCAAAUGCUACGUGCAACAGGCUCCUCAACCCCAGGCAUACUUCCGACAAUGCAUAACCAGGGCCGAACUUGGCGAGAUACAGCGUGGCUUUGGUAAUGCUAUCCGAAGCUUGGAGCUUGCGGGCGAUCGUCAAUUCAGCAAAAUAAACCUCAAUAUGCAGCAGCUAGCAGAUCAACUAGAUGCUCACACCCGCCAGCAGGCUACUGCUACUUCUUCCACCGUCCAUCGUUUAGAACAAGAGGUCCACCGCCUAUACGGCCGUAUUUCUGCCAUGGAAAGCUCAUCAGUUCUACAAGGACAACAGAUCAGGGUGCUGGAGCUGGACCGGGGAAGUUUUCGAACCCAACUACUAUCCGCUAGGGAAGAGAUUGAAUGCCUAUCGAAAAGUCUCGAGGCGCAGGAAGAGCGGGUGGCAAUGCUCGCUAGACAGAUGGCGCGGAGCGGGAGAAAAUCGGACCCACGGCCAACGAGGUAA